AAAUGUUAAAAUACAUCACUAACUUGUUGGCAUUUAACCAGGCUACUCUUAGCGGAUGCGUUGAUAUUGUUGUCAUUGAACAAGAAGAUGGAACGCUCGUCACUUCUCCUUUCCAUGUCAGAUUUGGAAAACUAAAACUACUCAAAUCCACACAGAAAGAGGUGAGUAUUAGCAUCAAUGGGAAAAAGAGUCAGCUCAAGAUGAAAAUAGGCAAAUCAGGAGAAGCAUACUUUGUAAAGCAUGUCAGUGAAAACGAGAAGGAAGAAGAAAAAGAAUCUAUGCCAAAGCAGAUCAGCAAUUUGAGUAAUUUAAAAAAUAGCGAAGAUGACCUUUUCAAGCCUUCUAGUCCAGGAGUGGUGCAUGAUGGUUAUGAAGAUCUUGAUUUCUUCGGACCAAAAGAUAAGAGAGAAGUCAAGUCUGAAUGGAAGAAGGACUCUGAAGAUUCAGAGGAUCUUGAUGAGUAUAACGUCACUGAUUCAGAUGAUGAUUCUAUUGAAAAGACCAGAUCUGAAGAGAAAUAUAACCAGAUUAUUAGGAAGAUGACAGAAGACGGAGGAAAUAAAAGUAAAAGCCUCUCAGACGAGAAGGAUAAUGAUAACAAGGGAUUUGACAGCCCUGAUAAGUCUAACAAGAAUGGAUCAAGGUUUGGAUGGCUAUGGGGAAAUGAAGAUCAAGAUUCAAAUCAUAGAAAUCAUAGGAGAGCAAAAAGUACUAGGAAAAGAUCUAUGACAUUUUCCCAGGAGGAAGAAAAGGGAGAUAUCCCAAUUCCUACUAAGUAUGACAGCUAUCAUGAGUCUAAAAGUGAGGUUGGGUUAGUGAACCCUCUUUUUGAUGAAGAGAAGAUUAAGGAUCUCCAGAACAAAACUGAAGAUAUCGAUGAGUUAGAUAAUGACCAAAAAGUGCCAGGAAUGAAUAAUGUAUCUCCAAAUAAUAAGAGAGGUAUUUUUAGAAAGAUUUUUGGAUUGUUCAGAAGCAAAGAUAAACAGGAAGAAAAUCCUCGAGAUAUGUUUAAAUUAGAAAAGGUCAAACCUAAGGAAGCAGAUUCUCCUGACCUCUCUCCUGCCCUAAUGAAAUCUUUCAAGAGUGAAGUAGGCAUGAGCUUGUGAAAGAAUCAACUCUUUGUAUGAGAAAAGGAUGAGGUUGAUCAGAUUUUUGAGCAAAAUGAAGUAUCUUUUGAAGAAUUCUGAGAAAGAUACGAGGAAAUUAUAGAGGAUACUAAUCUUAUUCUAAGAGUAAGAGACCAGAUAUAUGACUGGAGAACAGGAGCAGCCAUUAUUAUGUCAGAGCUGAUCUUUGGAAGAACUCUAAAAUCAAAGACCCAUGAUUUCCAGCAAAAAGUAGAAUCCUAUGCUCAAAAGGCCACCAAAGAUGAUUCUGCUGAAGAGGCUAAAAAUUCAGCAGAAGAAGGUAACCAAGAAGAGAUAAAGGUUGAGAAAGAAAGUAAGAUCCUGAAUGAAAAGAAUAAAUCAGUUCCAGAAUUUAAGAAAAUUUCUAAGAUAAGGAAAACGCUCUCAGAAAAUCCCAAGGAUGCGAUGUAUCUCAGAAAAAUUGAUCACCACGAUUUUUCAGAUUCUGACUGAGAUAUAGAAGAUGAUAUUGAGGACCAACCUGGACCAAGUAUUAAUGAAAUCAAGGAUAUUGAGAUCCCACUAGAGAGAGCUCUCACUACUUUGGAGGAGAAGAAAGCUGAGACCAAGAAGAAAUAUAAGAAGACUUUAUUCCUUACAUCUGAACAACUUCAGCAGUUAGAUCUCAACUAUGGUAAAAACGAAAUUACCUUCACUGUGGACAGUGGCUUCCAAGGUCUACAAAGCAAUACUUGUAGACUAUUCUUUUGGAAUCACAAAGUCAAGAUCGUGCUCUCUGAUGUUGAUGGGACGAUCACAAAAUCUGAUGUUCUUGGUCAUAUCCUUCCAAGAUUAGGCAAAGAUUGGUCUCAUGAAGGAAUCACUAAAUUAUAUACUGAUAUUAAAAAUAAUGGUUAUGAGUUCUUAUAUCUAACUUCGAGAGCUAUUGGAAUGGCUGAUUCAACAAGGAACUAUCUCCAAGAACUUGAGCAGGAAGGCAGCUUCAGGCUACCUGAUGGGCCUUGAAUAAUGUCCCCAGAUCGACUUAUGCACUCAUUUAAAAGAGAAAUAAUUGAUCGCAAACCCCAAUUAUUCAAGAUAGCAGCAUUGCUAAAUAUCAAGAACUUAUUUAAGGACAAUCAUUCUCCAUUUUAUGCAGGAUUUGGAAACAGAGAGACUGAUGCUAUUUCAUAUAGAGCAGUUGGAAUAGAUUUCAAAAGAAUAUUUAUAGUAAACCCUCAAGGAGAGAUAGUUAUACUCAAGUCAAUGUACAAAAAGUCCUACCCAUUGAUUAAUGAACUUGUAGAUCAAAUGUUCCCAUCGGUAUGCAUUGCGACGGAGAGGGCCAAAGAAAAUGAAGAAAACGAAGAUUCCAAAUAUUAUGACUUGAACUACUUCAAACCUCAGCAGUACUCAGAAGAAGAUUUAAUUGACCAGGGUUCAUAAUU